ACUUGUAGAAGAUGAGGAGAGACGCUGGACUGAUGAGAACAUUGAUAUGGUUGCUCUGAAGCACUUCCCCAAUAUUGAUAAAGAAAAAGCAAUGAGCAGACCUAUCUUAUACAGCAACUGGCUGUCAAAGGAUUAUAUUCCAGUGGAUCAAGAAGAAUUAAGAGACUAUGUGAAAGCUAGGCUUAAAGUCUUUUAUGAGGAAGAACUUGAUGUGCCACUUGUUCUGUUCAAUGAAGUCUUGGAUCAUGUGUUAAGAAUUGACCGAAUCUUCCGCCAGCCACAGGGCCACUUGCUGCUUAUUGGAGUCAGUGGAGCAGGGAAAACAACUCUCUCAAGAUUUGUUGCCUGGAUGAACGGUUUGAGCGUCUACCAAAUUAAGGUUCACAGAAAAUAUACUGGCGAAGAUUUUGAUGAAGAUCUUAGGACAGUACUGAGACGUUCCGGCUGUAAAAAUGAAAAAAUAGCUUUUAUAAUGGAUGAGUCAAAUGUAUUGGAUUCUGGAUUCCUGGAGAGAAUGAACACUCUCCUAGCCAAUGGAGAGGUUCCUGGUCUCUUUGAAGGAGAUGAAUAUGCCACCCUCAUGACUCAGUGUAAAGAAGGAGCACAAAAAGAAGGUUUAAUGUUAGAUUCACAUGAAGAACUCUACAAAUGGUUCACUAGCCAAGUUAUUCGCAAUCUCCAUGUUGUGUUCACUAUGAAUCCGUCUUCUGAGGGCCUGAAGGACAGGGCAGCUACCUCUCCUGCACUCUUCAACAGGUGUGUCUUGAACUGGUUUGGAGACUGGUCAACUGAGGCACUGUACCAAGUUGGCAAAGAGUUCACAAGCAAAAUGGAUCUUGAGAAACCAAAUUAUAUUGUGCCCGAUUACAUGCCCGUUGUGUAUGAUAAGCUACCACAACCACCAUCGCACAGGGAAGCUAUUGUUAACAGUUGUGUGUUUGUUCAUCAGACGCUUCAUCAGGCUAAUGCUCGUCUGGCAAAACGAGGAGGCAGAACCAUGGCAAUCACACCACGCCACUACUUAGACUUCAUCAACCAUUAUGCAAACUUGUUCAAUGAGAAACGAAGUGAAUUGGAGGAACAGCAAAUGCAUUUGAAUGUUGGCCUUAGAAAAAUCAAGGAAACAGUCGAUCAGGUGGAAGAACUGCGGCGUGACCUAAGAAUAAAGAGUCAGGAACUGGAAGUGAAGAAUGCAGCAGCCAACGACAAGUUGAAUUUUCAGCAGGAAGCUGAGAAGAAAAAGGUCAUGAGCCAGGAGAUUCAGGAACAGCUGCACAAGCAGCAGGAGGUCAUUGCAGACAAGCAGAUGAGUGUGAAAGAAGAUCUUGACAAGGUGGAGCCUGCUGUCAUUGAAGCUCAAAAUGCUGUGAAGUCAAUAAAGAAACAGCAUCUGGUAGAGGUCCGUUCUAUGGCUAAUCCACCUGCGGCUGUGAAGCUAGCACUAGAGUCCAUCUGUUUACUGCUGGGUGAAAGUACAACUGAUUGGAAGCAAAUACGUUCCAUCAUCAUGAGAGAGAACUUCAUUCCAACCAUUGUUAACUUCUCUGCUGAGGAAAUCAGUGAUGCCAUCCGGGAGAAGAUGAAGAAAAACUACCUGUCAAAUCCAAGUUACAACUAUGAAAUUGUAAACAGAGCGUCAUUGGCCUGCGGGCCUAUGGUGAAAUGGGCAAUUGCACAGCUGAACUAUGCUGAUAUGUUGAAAAGAGUGGAACCUCUACGCAAUGAACUGCAGAAGCUGGAGGAUGAUGCCAAAGACAACCAGCAGAAAGCUAAUGAAGUAGAGCAGAUGAUUCGUGAUCUUGAAGCCAGUAUUGCCCGUUACAAAGAAGAAUAUGCAGUACUUAUUUCAGAGGCUCAAGCUAUUAAGGCAGACUUGGCUGCUGUAGAAGCAAAAGUAAACCGUAGCACAGCUCUUCUGAAGAGUCUUUCUGCCGAACGUGAAAGGUGGGAGAAGACAAGUGAAACUUUCAAGAACCAGAUGUCCACUAUUGCAGGAGACUGCUUACUUUCAGGAGCUUUUAUUGCCUAUGCUGGCUACUUUGAUCAGCAGAUGCGUCAGAAUCUGUUCACUACGUGGUCUCACCAUUUGCAGCAAGCAAAUAUCCAGUUCCGCACGGACAUUGCGAGGACAGAAUACCUCUCCAACGCAGAUGAGCGGCUUCGCUGGCAAGCAAGUUCUCUGCCUGCAGACGACCUGUGCACUGAGAAUGCCAUCAUGCUCAAGCGCUUUAAUAGGUAUCCAUUGAUCAUCGAUCCCUCUGGGCAAGCUACAGAAUUUAUCAUGAAUGAAUAUAAAGACCGUAAGAUCACUCGUACUAGUUUCUUAGAUGACGCUUUCAGGAAGAACUUGGAAAGUGCCUUGAGAUUUGGUAACCCACUUCUGGUACAGGAUGUGGAGAGCUAUGAUCCAGUUCUGAAUCCCGUUCUGAAUCGUGAAGUCCGGAGAACUGGAGGCAGAGUUCUGAUUACUCUGGGAGACCAAGAUAUUGAUUUGUCACCAUCCUUCGUUAUCUUCCUCUCCACCAGAGAUCCAACAGUUGAAUUCCCACCGGACCUCUGCUCUCGUGUUACAUUUGUGAACUUUACGGUAACUCGCAGCAGCUUACAGAGCCAGUGUCUGAAUGAAGUCCUGAAAGCGGAAAGGCCCGAUGUUGAUGAAAAACGCUCUGACCUCCUCAAGCUUCAGGGUGAAUUUCAGCUGCGCUUGCGUCAGUUAGAAAAAUCCCUACUACAAGCGCUUAAUGAAGUGAAGGGACGUAUCCUGGAUGAUGACACCAUCAUUACUACUCUUGAGAACCUGAAGAAGGAAGCAGCAGAGGUUACCAGGAAAGUAGAAGAGACUGAUAUUGUCAUGCAAGAAGUGGAGACUGUUUCUCAGCAGUACUUGCCUCUUUCUACAGCGUGCAGCAGUAUCUACUUUACCAUGGAGUCACUGAAACAGAUACACUUCCUGUACCAAUACUCUCUCCAGUUUUUCUUGGACAUUUAUCACAAUGUCUUGUAUGAGAACCCAAAUCUGAAGGGAAUUACAGACCAUACUCAGCGUCUCUCGAUCAUCACAAAGGAUCUCUUUCAGGUGGCUUUCAAUAGAGUGGCACGUGGCAUGCUGCAUCAAGAUCAUAUUACAUUUGCUAUGUUGCUGGCUCGGAUUAAACUGAAAGGCACUAUUGGGGAGCCUACAUAUGAUGCAGAAUUCCAGCAUUUCUUGAGAGGAAAAGAGAUUGUACUAAACACUGCAUCUCUCCCAAAAAUCAAUGGUUUGACUGUAGAGCAAACAGAAGCAAUGAUGAGGUUGAGCUGCCUUCCUGCAUUUAAGGAUCUUGUUUCAAAAGUUCAAGCUGAUGAGCAAUUCUGUAUCUGGCUGGAUAGCAGUUCACCAGAGCAGACUGUACCAUACCUUUGGACUGAAGAAAAGCCAGCAAGUCCUAUUGGACAGGCCAUUCAUCGCUUGCUUCUGAUCCAGGCCUUCCGUCCAGAUCGUUUGUUGGCGAUGGCACAUACCUUUGUUUCAACAAAUCUUGGAGAGUCUUUCAUGUCCAUUAUGGAGCAGCCUUUAGAUCUGACACACAUUGUAGAUACAGAGGUGAAACCUAAUACCCCUGUGCUGAUGUGUUCAGUGCCUGGUUAUGAUGCCAGUGGUCAUGUUGAAGACCUUGCAGCUGAACAGAAUACACAGAUUACUUCUAUUGCUAUUGGUUCUGCUGAAGGGUUUAACCAAGCAGAUAAAGCAAUAAACACAGCAGUGAAGUCUGGAAGAUGGGUAAUGCUGAAGAACGUUCACCUGGCUCCUGGCUGGCUCAUGCAACUAGAAAAGAAGCUGCAUUCCCUACAACCCCAUGCUUGCUUCAGACUCUUCCUUACCAUGGAGAUUAAUCCAAAGGUGCCAGUGAAUUUGUUACGUGCUGGCCGAAUCUUUGUGUUUGAACCUCCUCCUGGUGUAAAGGCAAACAUGCUGAGGACUUUCAGUAGCAUUCCAGUUUCUAGAAUGUGCAAGUCUCCAAAUGAGCGUGCUCGUUUAUAUUUCCUCCUUGCCUGGUUCCACGCUAUUAUCCAAGAGCGUUUGCGCUAUGCUCCGUUGGGUUGGUCCAAGAAGUAUGAAUUUGGAGAAUCUGAUCUGAGAUCUGCUUGUGACACAGUAGAUACAUGGCUGGAUGAUACAGCAAAGGGCCGCCAAAACAUUUCACCUGAUAAAAUCCCCUGGUCUGCGUUAAAGACACUGAUGGCACAGUCUAUCUAUGGAGGCCGCAUCGAUAAUGAAUUUGAUCAGCGUUUGUUAAACACUUUCUUGGAACGUCUGUUCACUACUUUAAGUUUUGAUAGUGAAUUCAAACUGGCUUGCAGAGUUGAUGGACACAAAGAUAUUCAGAUGCCAGAUGGAAUCAGGCGUGAAGAAUUUGUCCAGUGGGUUGAGAUGCUGCCAGAUACACAAACGCCAUCAUGGCUGGGCCUGCCAAAUAAUGCAGAGAAAGUUCUUCUCACCACACAAGGCAUAGAUAUGAUCAGUAAAAUGCUGAAAAUGCAGAUGCUAGAGGAUGAGGAUGAUCUGGCUUAUGCAGAAACUGAGAAGAAGACAAGAACGGAUUCUACAUCAGAUGGUCGCCCAGCCUGGAUGAGAACACUGCAUACCACAGCCUCUAACUGGCUUCACCUUAUCCCACAAACUCUAAACCAUCUGAAGCGAACUGUGGAAAAUAUUAAAGAUCCUUUGUUCCGAUUCUUUGAGAGGGAGGUGAAAAUGGGAGCUAAGCUGCUUCAGGAUGUUCGUCAGGACCUCGCAGAUGUGGUUCAAGUGUGUGAAGGAAAAAAGAAACAAACCAACUAUUUGCGUACACUUAUAAAUGAACUGGUGAAAGGUAUUUUGCCUCGUAGCUGGUCGCAUUACACUGUGCCAGCUGGUAUGACUGUUAUUCAGUGGGUGUCCGACUUCAGUGAGCGCAUUAAACAGCUGCAGAAUAUUUCCCAGGCAGCUGCUUCUGGUGGAGCAAAAGAACUAAAGAACAUCCACGUGUGCCUUGGUGGUCUGUUUGUACCAGAAGCGUAUAUUACUGCUACAAGACAAUAUGUUGCCCAAGCAAACAGUUGGUCCCUUGAAGAACUCUGUCUUGAGGUCAAUGUUACAACUACACAGAAUGCAGUACUGGAUGCUUGCAGCUUUGGAGUCACAGGCCUGAAGCUUCAGGGAGCUACAUGCAGUAACAACAAGCUGUCACUUUCCAAUGCUAUUUCAACUGUUCUGCCCAUUACACAGCUUCGCUGGAUCAAACAGACAAAUGCUGAUAAAAAAGCAAAUGUUGUUACUUUACCAGUUUAUCUGAACUUCACUCGUGCUGAUCUGAUUUUCACGGUUGACUUUGAAAUAGCUACCAAGGAAGACCCUCGGAGCUUCUAUGAACGUGGUGUUGCAGUUCUCUGCACUGAGUGAAAAGAUUUCUUUUUACUGGUUAAUGCUGUAGUAAUUGUCAGUCUUUUCUGUAGUAUUCACCUGUGCUUUUGUAACCUGGUUAGGUUAGGUUCUCAGAUGGGUUUGUGCUAAGUUGAAAGAAAGAGGUCAGUGCAUUGGAAAGCUGAUAGGCUUGAUGUCUGUGAAGGAAAAUUGGAUGAGAUUUUUAGAUGGUUUGGGGUAAAUGUGAUAUUUGAUGGAUCAUGUUAUAUGAAAUAAAAUCUAUAGCAA